AUGGCCAUGGACCAAGAUAAGCGACCGCGAAAACGUGCGCGAAAGUCGCGCGGCACGGGGCUCCGAACCACUACUGGCUGCUUUACAUGCCGGAAGCGCCACAAGAAAUGCGAUGAACGGCGACCCAUUUGUGGCCCCUGCUCCAUUUCGAGCCGCCAAUGCGCAUUUCCCCAGGCUUUGGACGCUAUAGCGUCCGAGACAUCAGACACGCCGGCCCAGUGUGCGCCGAGAAGAACAUCCAGGGUCGUCAAUGGCAGCCAGCAGGAUGACGAAUCGGGACAAGAGCACCAGGAAACUGCGUCACCCAGUCCGUCCGAGACACAGCAAACUGGUACUUCCAACAGCUACAGCGCUCACAUUGUCCAAGUUUUGCCGCCCAGUGACGAGCAGCUCACAGUGCAGGACGGCAGCGGCUUCAUCUGUUCCCCCCAGUCAACGUACUCCGACUCUUGGUCAGCAAACUUUGCUUCGAUUCGCUGGCUGGACCUGCUGGCAAAUGAUGCAGUGCAGGCAGAUUACAACUCAUCCCUGGCCACGGGGCUAGUGCUUCCUGAUGGACCGACGCAAGGUGCAAGGCCAUCACAAACAGCUUCCAUUUUUGUGCAUGUUUCGCCUGCACUACUCAAUGGACAAGCGCAACUGCCAGAGAAUCUGGACCCAGAGGUCGAGCGAACCGCCUGGCAAUCCGUGGGAGACGUGAUCCUUUCCGCACACGAGGCCAAGCUGUUUCGCCACUUUGCCGACCGAUGCGCCUCGUGGCUAGAUGUGUUUGACCCUCAGAAAUUGUUUUCCAACUAUGCAACUCGCCUAGCGAUUCGAAACACAGGGUUGAUGAAGGCGAUGCUGGCCUUGUCUUCCAAGCAUCAAUUCAGUGGCAAGGACGCUGCUGCCCGUCAAUUACACAGAGAUACGGACGGCGACUACGAAGAGGGAGAAUGGAUCCGGUACUAUUAUGAGACUCUUCAGUACGUACGCGAGACUCUCAAGUAUCCCAGCUAUUCUCAUUCCGAAGAGCUACUCGCCACUGCUCUGACCAUUUCUGUGUACGAAAUGCUCGACGAAUCGGACGGCUCUGGCAACUGGCAACGGCAUCUAAAGGGGAUUUUCUGGAUUCAACGAUCGCAAGAUGUGGAUGGUGGUUGUGGUGGUCUGCGACAGUCAGUCUGGUGGGCGUGGCUUCGCCAAGACAUGUGGGCGGCUUUUCGCGAGUCGCGAGCUUGCCUUAGCUUCUGGGUGCCUCGCAAACCCGUCCAAGAUCUGGACCCGAAUGAGCUGGUCGAUAGAUCCAUCUAUAUCCUAUCCCAGGCCAUCAACUACCGGGCCAACGUCCAAGCCGCCGCUGCCGCCACGACGCCGGAUCGUGUGGACGAAGCAAAGCUGAAGAAACAAAGGGAGGGCCUGGCCUCUAUGAUGGAACAGUGGAAGUCCUGUCUUGGUGACGAAUACAAAGUUUUGCCGACCGCAAAAGCUGCCGUUGGUGAGGUCUUCACGCCACUUUGGAUUCAUCCGCCUCGCUUCGGCGUUGCACUGCAGGCACAUGGCUUUGCGCAGAUUCUGCUCACGCUGCACAGCACAAGCCCAAUAUUAGCUGGAUUUCAUGGAUACCUGAAGAUGCAAAGAGUUCUAUCCGAGGCGGUUAACACGAUAUGCGGUAUUGCGAUGGAGCUCAGAGAGAAGAGCUGCCAGAUUCUAUCCGCGCAAUGCCUGUAUGGUGCCGGACUCUGUGUUACUGAUUCCGGGAAGAGGGCAAAAAUCAUAUCCUUGAUGGAAGAGUGCGAAAGUCGCGUCUCUUGGGCCCCGAUGGCCACAUGGAGAGAAGACCUACAGAGGGACUGGGAGAGAGCCGAUGUGGAUGAUUUCGGCAACGCUGGCAAUGACUGA